AUUUGAAUCCCGGGCGGGCAUAUUAAAUAAGACGGGUAGCGCACCACUUCGGUUUCGUGGUGGAUUCCACAAUUCUAGCCAUGAACCUGUUUAAGCUUGGCAAAACCGUCUGUUAUUGUUCGUUUUAUAAUGGCCUCGCAAAACCAUAUACGCAAAUGGCAACAAAUUUGGGGGCAGAUAAGGAUUUAGUUCCUCCUUCCUUAAGUGCUGAUAAUAAGGAGUAUCCAAAACACAUACAUGAGAUUGUAAAUCGUAUCAGUUCCCUAACAUUAUUAGAAGUCGCGGACUUGUCAGAGCUGUUACUAAAAAAGUUAAACAUCAAGAAUACCGGGCCCAUGAUGCCUAUGAUGGUUCAAGCGCCAACAAACCAACCCCCCGAAGAGCCUGAAGAACAACAAGCGCCUACGAAAACAGCAUUUUCGGUCAAGCUGGUGAAAUUUGAUGCAGCAAAGAAAAUCCAACUUAUUAAAGAAAUCAAACAAGUUAUUCCAGAGAUGAAUCUUGUACAAGCUAAAAAGUUUGUAGAAAGUGCACCUGCCAAUAUAAAGACUGACGUGGGCAAGGACGAAGCUGAGCAAAUAAAAAAAGUAUUGGAAGAGGUUGGAGCGUCUAUUGCAAUCGAAUGAACAAUAUCUUAUACACAGACAAAAAAAUAAAUACUUUCCAAAAUAAAAAUUAAUAGUGCA